AUGGACGGCCAGGAAGCCCGCCAGUGGGGCAUCACGAGGGCUAUUUCCAAUGCACAGCCCACUGAGGCCGACCUCAAGCUCAACGAUGCGCUAGUCGAGGCAUUGAAGCGCGAGAACAACUUCGAGACGGCUGAAGGCACCGAGAAGCGAAAGAAAGUCCUCGCACACUUGCAGAAGGUCACUGAGGAGUUCGUGCGCCGGGUAUGCAAGAUGAAGAAGCUUCCCCCGUCCACCGUCGAGAGCGCUGGCGGGAAGGUCUUCACCUUUGGCAGCUAUGCCCUCGGCGUAAACGGUCCAUCAUCCGAUAUCGAUACCCUUGUUGUUGCGCCGAAGCACGUAUUCCGCGAUGACUUCUUCGACCACUUUCCGCCGACGUUCCGAGAAAUGUCUGCCGUCGCAGACAUCACCGAGCUGAAUCCCGUGCGAGAGGCAUUCGUCCCCAUCAUCAAGAUGGAAUACCGCGGCGUCAGCAUAGACUUGCUCUUCGCGUCUCUCCCGUCGCUGUCGCGCGUUGGUAGCGACCUGGAACUCACCGACCUGCAGCUGCUGCGCGGUCUCGAUGACAUAGCGAUGCGCAGCGUAAAUGGCACCCGCGUUACCAAGGAGCUUCUCGACAAUGUGCCGCAGCCCAAGGCCUUCAGGCACGCGCUGCGAGCGGUCAAACUCUGGUCAAACCAGCGCGCCAUCUACGGAGCGGUAUUCGGCUUUCCCGGCGGCAUAGCGUGGGCUAUCAUGGUUGCCCGCAUCUGCCAGCUCUAUCCCUUCGCUUGCGGUGCGACCAUACUAGCUAAAUUCUUCGGCUUGAUGCUGAAGUGGCAGUGGCCGCGGCCCAUCAUGCUGAAGGACGUCGAGCCCGGUUCUUUGAAUCUCAAAGUCUGGAACCCUCAACUAUACGGCGCCGACCGAGCCCAUAUCAUGCCUGUCCUCACCCCCGCCUACCCGUCCAUGUGCUCCACUCACACCGUCAUGCCCUCAACCAUGAGAAUCAUGAUGGCCGAGCUCGACCGGGCGGCUGGCAUUUUGGACCAGAUUCAAGCCGGGACUAAGAGCUGGAAAGACCUGUUCCAGCGACACACGUUCUUCACCCAUGACCAUAAGUACUACCUCAGUGUCGUUGCGACAGCCUACUCGAAAGAGGCACACGAGAUUUGGUCCGGCCUGGUGCAGUCCAAGGUCCGGUUGCUAGUCAAAGGCAUCGACGAUGGUGCUGCUGGCGUAGAGCUGGCCCGUCCGUAUGUGAAAGCGUUCGAGCGCGUCCAUCGCUGCGCGAACGAGGAACAGAUCGACGAGGUCAAGCAGGGCAACGUGAAGUAUCAGAUCAAGGAGGACGAAGUUCCCGCGGCAGGCGCUAAAGCGUCCAACGGUGAUGCGCCCAAGAUUAUCUACACGACCACAUUUUACAUUGGUCUGACGUUGCCUGAAGCCGGAACCAAAUCACUGGAUAUUUCGUACCCGGUAUCCGAGUUCAAACGCUACAUCGCAAUGUCAGAGUCUUACAGGGAAGAAGACAUGUUUGUUCGUAUCGUCCACACCCGCAACCACCAACUUCCCGACGACGUCUUCCUCGCUGGCGAGACCAAACCGACCAAAUCCGUCAAGGAGAAGAAGAAGAAAGCGAGCGGCAGCAGGAGCGCCAAGCGGCAAUUCGCCGAGACGGGGCUGGAAGUGCGUAACACACGACUCACGAAAUCUCCGAGGGCGUCCUAA